UACGGAUUGUUAAAUUGUUAGGAGAACAUCAUGACUCUGAAUCGUCGUGAGUCAGAUGUAGACAGGGGGUGGGCCUGGGCAGUGCUGGGAGCCAGUUUCCUAUCCCUCCUCCUAAAUGGAUGUCUACUUUAUGGUGUUGGAAUUACACAUGUUGCAUUUUUGCGUUUAUACAAAGAGUCAGAUGCCUACACAUCUUUCCUAGGAUCAUUAUUUAGCAGCCUUCUACAGCUAAUUGGUCCAGUAGCCAGUUUAUCAAUCAAUGUUUUCAACUGCCGCCUUACAAUGAUAGUUGGAGGAUUGCUUAUUUUUAUCGGCUGUUCCGCAACAUACUUUGCAUAUUCGCUUGAAGUUGCAAUCUUAACGUAUGGUAUCAUUGCAGGGAUUGGCAAUGGACUAGUAGCUACACCUCCACUGGUAGCCGUGGGGUAUUAUUUCAGAGAGAAGAGAGGAUUUGCCAUAGGGUUUGCUGUAGCGGGGGCUGGUACUGGAAUGUUCAUAAGUGGUCCUCUUUUUCAGUACCUCAUAGAUUCUUAUGAACUUCAAGGGACAAUGUUGAUACUUGGUGCAAUAUUUUCAAAUCAGAUUAUCCUUGGUUGCAUAAUGAGACCUUCUGAAACAGAAAUUCACCACAAAGCACUACGAAACAAAUCAAAAGAUGGUCCAGGGAACAAAUUCAAUUUCAGAAAACAUCUUCAUCUUGAAAUUUUCUGUGAUAAAAUGUUUGUUGUUAUACUUUUACAAUUUUUGAUUUGGAAUAUUCCAUUUUCUAUGCUUUUGUUACAUCUUCCUAACUUUUCUGUUGUCUAUGGAUCAUCCGAACAACAGGCUGCCUUUCUGAUCUUCCUGAUUGGUUUGACAGGGACUAUUGGGCGUGUCCUCACAGGGAUGGCAGUAAGUCCACAUGCUAUUGACCCUGUGUUAAUGAACAUGGGCAUUACAGGAGUGCUAGGUAUUAUAUGUGGGUUGUUCCCUUUCUAUUCAUCUACAUACGCAGGGCAGUGCACAUUUGCUGCUCUAUUUGGGAUCUAUAGUGGAGCUUUAACAACUAUGAUUACACCAUUAAGUGUUGAACUACUGGGUUUGGAGAAAUUGUCGUCUGCUGUAGGUAUAAUGUAUUGUAUUGGCGGAAUUGGAUAUUUAAUUGGACCGAUUUUUGCAGGUACUCUUAUAGAUAGUGGUGGAAAAUACGAAACAACAUUCUAUAUAUCAGGUUGUUUGUUGAUUAUUGCUUCUCUUCUGACACUGUUAUCUACAUGCUGGAGAAAAGACUACGGGUCUCAGACAGAGAGGACCGACCAAUACGAAACACCAACAGACAGUCAAACAAUGAAGAAUUCAACCUUCCUUUACCAAUCAGGGCUCCUUGCUGGAUCCAUAAUAAUUCAAGCAGAUGAACAUUUAGGGAGUACGACAUCCGCCAUAUCUAUGAAAAAUCCUCGAAUAUUAAGGUUAAAUCAUCAGUCUGGGGAAUAUGAAAGUGAAGAAAGUCUGUUUAAAAACAUAAUGCUUCGAAAGUUACAGAAAAAUAGCAGUGCUUGUAGUAGUCAAUACAGUUUGUUUAAAGACCACGACUCCAUAAGACAUGAUACUGAUAAUUUACCUGAUAUUAACAAAAGCAAUGAUAUCAAGACUGAAAGUGCUUUAAUCCAUGGAGAUAUUUCUAACAUACAAUCUAAAUCUGUCGCACAAAAUAGGGGAUCAAAUGCAGACAAUUUAUGAUAUAAAUACAUUUGUAGUAUUAAUAUGAUAAGCAAUUCUCUUUUUAAUCAAAUUUAU